GGUCAUUUUUUGCAUGAGUCCCCGCUUUCUGUAGGGAAGGGAUUUUGAUCCAACGAUUAUUUUCUCAUGAAAGUUUUAAUUCAUGACAUCGAUUUUAACCUUUCUCGUUGAAAAAAUUGCAUUUAAAUUGCUUGGGUAGAUUAGAAGUUGAACACAGCUCGUCGAGCUAUAUGAGAAAUGGCAGCGAUAGAUUCGAGCUCUUUGCUUUUCUUCGUCAAUGGGAGGAAGGUAAUUGUGAAGUUGGGGUGUGACACUGAAGCAGACACAGCCCUUGCUGUCUUCCUAAGGGAGACAUUGGGUCUGUCUGGAUGUAAGAUAAGCUGUGGUAUUGGUGGGUGUGGCGCUUGUACUGUGAUGGUCUCUCACUAUGACAAGCUCAGCAAAGCCAUCUUUCACGUUCCUGUCAAUGCAUGUAUCACUCCGCUUUGUGCGGUGGAUCAAAUGGCGAUUACCACCGUGGAGGGGAUAGGCAGUACCAAGACACGCCUACAUCCUGUACAGGAACGUAUAGCAAAGGCUCAUGGGGUCCAGUGUGGGUUCUGUACGCCUGGUAUGGUUAUGUCUAUGUACACGCUGCUGAGAAACCGCCCCUCCCCAACACUCAGGGACAUAGAUGUUGCCUUGGGAGGGAAUUACUGCCGCUGCAGUGGCUACAGAUCCAUUUACGAAGGAUUCAAGACUUUUACCAACGAGUCUUGUUGCCAAGGGAACAGUGGAGGCGGCACAUGUUGUAAAAACAAUUCAGAGAACGCCCCCUCGUCUCCUCUGUUCAACACCUCGGAUUUCGCGCCAUACGAUUCCACCCAAGAGCCAAUUUUUCCUCCAGAACUUAUGUUGAACGAAGAAUCUCCUGCGGAAAUAUUGAACAGCGGUCGUCUUACUUGGCUCCGCCCAUCAUCCUUGGAGCAGUGCCUGAAACUUGCUGACGAGUACCCAAACGCGAGGAGGAUAUCGGGAAUGAUUGGCGCUGCAAUCAGUAGCUCUGUCCCCGAUGACCAGCACAUGGCUAUCCUAUCGCUGGCUCACGUCCCAGAGCUCAAUGCUGUUGAUUGGAAUGAGCAAGCUGUCACGUUUGGCGCAUCGGUUACCAUGGCGACCAUGGAGAAUUCGUUGGCUGAUCAUCUUGAAAAGCUCCCAGAGCUUCACGCUCGCCCGUGUAAAGUGUUGCUUCAGAUGCUUGAUCACUAUGGCAACAAGCAAGUCCGACACAUGUUUUCUAUCAGCAGUAACGUCCUCCCUGCUGCCCCAGACUCUGAUCUGAAUGUGUUACUGGUAGCGCUUUAUGCUCAACUCAACAUCAUUUCCACCAAAGGCAUCCGCCGUACAGUCCCGUGUGAUGACAAGUUCCUCAUCUCCGCCAGAAAGACAUCGCUUGCUGAUGACGAACUUCUAGUCUCAGUAACCAUACCGCUGAUCACUAGAGAGCACGAAUACAUGUUCUUCUAUCGCCAAGCUCUCGCUGCUGGCGCAGCUUCUGCUAUCGUCAACGCUGCCAUGAGAGUAGUUCUGGAACCAAUCGAGGGUGGUCACGUGAUCAAAGACUGCUGUCUAGCGUAUGGGAACGUGGGCUCAACCACAGUUAUUGCAAGAAAUACCAUGAGUGUGAUAACUGGGAGCAAACUUGACGAGUCGUUGUUGGAGCGUGCCUUCCAGGCACUCGCCCAGGACACAGGGAUCCCAUCAGGCGCCCACCAGGCCGAGUACAGACGCGAAUUGGUCAACGCUUUCUUCUUUAAGUUCUUUAACGAUGUCACCAAGAGUUUGAGUCAGCCUGAAUGUGUGACCAGAUGCUGUAAUACUUACAAAGGCCGACAGACGUUUGAGGAGGUGCCUAACAGCCAAGAUCCUGAGAACACGCUCGGUCACCCUGUGCAGCACUUGGCCGGGAGUCAGUUGGCUACUGGGGAGGCUAAGUUCGUGGAUGAUAUCUCGCGGAGACAAGGCGAGCUGUAUGUAGCGCGUGUUCUCAGCGACAGACCGCAUGCAAAAAUAUUGUCUGUCGAUGCAUCCAAAGCCGUUGCCGUACAUGGAGUAUAUGCCUUCUACUCCGCCGCUGACCUGGCCUCGGUGGACAAUAAUUUUGGGCUCUUAGACAAGGAGGAACUUUUCGCCACUGAUGAGGUGGUGUUCGUAGGUCAGACCAUUGGAGUGGUGGCCGCCGAUUGUAAGGGCGUCGCCGACAGUGCCGCUAAACUCGUAAAGGUCACAUACGAAGACAUGCCUACUGUGUUCACGAUAGAGGAUGCUAUUAAGGAAGGCUCAUUAUUUGAUGUGACAUUGCCCGUCAAAUGCGGUGACGUCACUGAGGGUUUUGCCGCCUCUGAUCACGUGAUUCAAGGAGAGAUAUACGCAGGCGGACAGGAACACUUUUACAUGGAGCCACAGACAAGUUUGGCGAUCCCUGGAGAAGACGGAGAGAUGGAAGUGUUUACAUCUACACAGAACCCUACUUUUAUCCAGUCAGUUGUAGCAAGGAAUCUCGGAGUCCCUCUCAGCAAAGUCGUCAUCAGGACUAAAAGAGUUGGGGGCGCUUUUGGCGGGAAACUCACCAACGGUUCAGCUAUUGCAGCUACAGUCGCUGUCGUCGCGCAAAAGUCGGGAAGAGCGGCUCGUUUGGCGCUAAGUCAAACAGAAGACAUUAAGACAACAGGCAAACGAGGGGACUAUCUCGUCAAAUACAAGGUCGGAUUCACCGAUGAGGGAAAGCUUCAAGCGCUUGAAGCAGUGUAUUACGGGAAUGGCGGUUCAGCCCUUGAUCUUUCUAUAGCGAUGUUGACGUCAAAGGCCGCUUGUGUAAGACGAACUUGCCUCCACGUACCGCCUUCAGGUCGCUGGCGUCUUUCCAGGCGCACUUGUUCGUGGAGAACAUUGUCUCCGAUGUUGCCAAGACAUGUGGGAUGCCGGAAAACGAGGUUCGCCAGCUGAACUUCUACAGUGAAGGCGAUCUUACGCCCUACAACCAACCGCUGACCAAUUGCACCGUACAGCGCGUCUGGAAAGAGCUGAUAGAAAAGAGCGACUUCGAGCACAGACGGUCAGCGGUUGAGGAAUUCAACAGGGCCAACUGCUAUGCGAAACGUGGGUUGGUCACAAUGCCUAUGAAGUACGGGAUAGCGAUUGUUCUGAGAGCCUUAAAUCAGGGAGGAGCCUUAGUGCACGUGUACACCGACGGAACAGUGCUUGUGGCAUCAGGCGGGGUGGAGUUUGGACAGGGCUUUUAUACCAAGAUAAUACAGAUUGCAGCUCAUACUCUUGAGAUUCCUGUGUCCAAAGUCUUCAUCAGUGAGACUGCGACAAACACAGUGCCCAACACCUCCCCCUCUGGGGCUUCUUUUACACUCGAGUUGAAUGGGGCUGCGGUCAAGGUUGCAUGUGAACAGAUCCUGAUGCGGUUGGCUCCGUUCAAGAAAGACAAUCCCGAGGGGACCUGGGAAGAAUGGGUACAAGCGGCUUACCUUGAUCGAGUCUCUCUCUCCGCCACAGGGUUCCACAAGGUGCCCGACGUUGGCUUUGACUGGGCUUCGUACACAGGGUACCCGUUUUCGUACUUCACGUAUGGGGCGGUGUGUACUGAGGUGGAGAUCGACUGCUUGACUGGCGCACACAAGGUGAUGCGUGUGGAUAUCGUCAUGGAUUUCGGCAGAUCUCUCAAUCCCGCCAUCGAUGUUGGACAGAUUGAAGGUGCGUUUGUCCAAGGGUUGGGGUACUUCACCAUAGAGGAGUUGCGUUACUCGUGUGACGGCCGUCUAGUCACGUGCAGCCGAAGGGACUACAAGAUCCCGAGCUUGCGGGACAUCCCGCGGGAAAUAAACGUUCACAUUCUGAAGAACAUGAGGAAUGACAAGGGGAUACUCUCGUCCAAGGCUGUUGGUGAGCCCGCCAUAUGUCUAUCAGGCUCGGUUUUUCUGGCCAUUAAGUCAGCAGUUUCUGCGGCAAGAAAGGAGGUCGGUCUCAGCUCCAUGUUCCGCAUGAACUCGCCCGCGACGUGUGAGCGAAUCAGAAUGGCUUGCGGCGGGCAACUCGCUAAACAGACCACUUAGACUACAAUUCGCGCCAAAACUACUUGAAACCUUUUGAAAUUUACCAAACGAAGUAAAACAUUUGUAUCCGGCCGGCCAAGAACCCACCAAGAACCAACAUACGAGAACCCCCUCCCCCCCCCCCCCCCCCCCCCCCGGUACAAUGUUGAGAUUCCAAGUGGACAUCAUGCUAUCGGAACAACAUUGGACCAGGUGAAGAGGGGUGAUUAUAUCAAGGACAGAGGGGGUGUUUUGUAAUGCUAUUUGGUAUUCAAUUGGUCCAAUAAUAGGUGUAGAAGUAUCAAGAGUUUUGACGGGGAUUGUAGCUUGUAUUCAUUUAAUAGACCACUUAGACAAGCCUGUGCAAACUAAAUAGACUACUUAGACUAGCUUGCACUCACUAAAUAGACCACUUGUUAUUGCUGAAGAGCACUAAGGCUGGCUUGUACUCACUAAACGACCACUAAGACUUGCUAUUAUUCACUCAAUAGACCACUAAGACUAGCUUUUAUUUACUAAAUAGCCCACUUAGACUAGCUUUUACUCACUAAAUAGACCACUAAGACUAGCUUUUAUUUACUAAAUAGACCACUUAGACUAGCUUUUAUUCACUGAAUAGACCAUUUUACUAGCUUUUAUUCACUGAAUAGACCACUUUACUAGCUUUUAUUCACUAAAUAGACCACUAAGACUAGCUUUUUAUUCACUAAAUAGACCACUAAGACUUGGUUUUUAUUUACUAAAUAGUCCACUUAGACUAGCUUUUAUUUACUAAAUAGUCCACUUAGACUAGCUUUUAUUUACUAAAUAGACCACUUAGACUAGCUUUUGUACUUACUAAAUAGGCAAGAUGAGGCCUGUAUUAAUGCAUGGUCCUUAUAAAAUGUAAGUUCAUACU